UCCCCUAUAGGAUAGAUUAGGAUAUACUAUGAUUGUCGUCUUGGGAAAAAAAAAAGGACCUUUGACACCCAGAGCACUCGAUCCAUACGCAUAUUGAGCCAAAAGAGAAAAAAAAAAUUUUUGCUUUGUCCAGCUAGCUUUCAACAGUGAAAUCAAAACCGGAGCGUGAGAGAUGGAAAAGGCUGUAGAGGUUGCAGUAGGAUUUGUGUUGCAAAAUCUGGUGCAGUUGAUCAAUGAGAACCGUGCAUUGAUAGGUGGUAAUCAUGAAAAAAUCAGCGAUCUCCAGGACGGCCUCCGUCUCUUGAAGACGUUCAUGGCUGACUACACUGAAAAGCACUACAAUUCAAGGACCCUGAUGGAGCUGGCGGACGAUAUCAGACGCCGGGUUUUCGAGGUUGAAGAUCUCCUAGAAACAUACAUCGUGGAGGAGACACUCUACAAAAAUAAGAAUACACUCAGACAAGUAGUAAGCGCCAAAAGCCACCUAGAAAACCUUCGGAAAAUAGGUGAGACGGUAGAAAAGUUGAGCGCAAAGGUGAAGCAGACAUACAAAGAAAACAAGGAUUUUGGGGUGCCUGCUUUGGAAAGGGAAGAGAUGGCAAGACAUAAUUCAAUUGAUGAACACAAUCAGAUUGGAGACAAUGAAGGGGCUGACAGAAUCAUUGGGUUUAUGGAUGCAACUGAUGAAGUGUUGAAACUGCUCGGCGGCCAAAAACUUGUUCUGGGCAAGUCCGAGGCAGAGGAGCAGACCCCGUCCGAGGCAGAGCAACAUGGUGAAUCUAAGCAGCUAGAAGUAGUAGCAAUUCACGGAAUGCUUGGACUAGGAAAGACGACACUUGCAAAAAAGGUCUUGAAUGACCCAAGAAUUGAGUAUCAUUUUUUCACUCGGAUAUUCGUCCCUGUUUCAAAUGUAUACAACAAGCAAGAAGUGCUUUUUAGUAUACUAAGUGCCUUCACCAAGAACAUUAAGGAUCAAAACCUGUCGAUGAAAGAAUUAGAAGACAAGGUCAAAGAGACCUUGAAGAAAAAGUAUUUGAUUGUGAUCGAUGAUGUUUGGGCCACCGAAGCAUGGGACGAUCUCAAGAAAGUUUUUCCAGACAACAAGGGCAGUAGGGUGCUGAUAACUACCCGGCUCGAGCCUGUGGCCAACUCUGUUACAACAAAGACUGAACCCUAUAAGUUGCGAUUUAUGAAUGAAGAUGAAGCUGAAGAAUUGCUGAGGACUAAGGUUUUCAAGGACAACAAAUGUCCAAAGGAACUGCUGUCCCUUGAACAGAAAAUUCUGGCUAAAUGUAAAGGGCUACCGCUAGCAAUAGUGGUAACAGCAGGUAUUCUUAGGAAUCAUCCAAGAGAUCCAAAGUGGUGGGAUGAUGUGCUUCAUGGUGUAGCUGAGUUAGUGGGUGAUGGCCAAAAGAUAAUAGAUGACGUGAUAAGACGGAGUUAUGAUAACUUGAAUCCAAUACUCAAAUCGUGUUUUCUCUACCUUGGUGUCUUCCCUGAAGACUUGGAGAUCCAGGCCUCAAAAUUGUUGCAACUGUGGAUCGCUGAAGGGUUCAUACCCAAAUCUGAGAAAGCAAGCAUGGAGAAGAUAUCUGAGGCAUGUUUGAGGGAAUUGGUUGGCAGGAAUCUAGUGAUGGUGGAACAGAGAACUUUAAGUGGUCAGAUUAAGACUUGUCGCAUUCAUGACACGCUGCGUGACUUUUGCAAGAAGAUAGCCAAAGAAGAAUGUCUAUUCCAAGAAACUCACGUGGGUACCAGUUCAUCAUCUUCUGCCCGUCGCGUUGCCUGCAAAAACUCUCACUUAUCUCAAUACGUUUGCAAAAAGCAGCCUGCUGAGAAUGCACGCUCAUUCUUGAGCUUUGGCCAGGAUGAAAUUAAGCUGGAUCCAAAUCUCAGCCCAGAUGACGUAUUUAAGCGCUUCAAACUAAUGCGGGUGUUGGAUAUUUUAUCUGUCAAGCUGCCUACUGUACGUCUUCCCAGAAAACUGUCUGACCUUGUUCUCUUAAAGUUCAUUGCCAUCAACUGCGAGGUCGAGAUUCUUCCCAAGACCAUGUCAAGGCUACUUAACUUGCAAACUCUUAUAGUCCACACAGGGUCCCCAACCCUUGAUAUACAAGCAGACAUUUGGGCAAUGACAAAGCUAAGGCAUCUGAUUACUAAUUCCUCCACAUCCUUGCCUAGAUGUCAGGAGCAAUCCACAACCAGCGAAAACCUACAAACUCUAUCUAUAGUUUCACCUGAAAGCCUUACAGAUGAAGUGCUUAAAAGAGCUACAAAUCUCAAGAAGCUUGGUAUAUCUGGGAAUUUAGGCACUCUUAUGAAGGCCAACGGUGAGUCUAAUUUGUUUGACCAUCUCUGCGAACUAAACUCCCUCGAAAGGUUGAAGUUGUGUGGUGAUGAUGUGAAUUCCAAGCUGCUUGCCCUUCCUCAACCACACAAAUUCCCGAAAAGGCUAACAAAGCUGAGUUUGCAAAACACAAGCCUAGGUUGGGAUCAAAUGUCUAUACUUGGAAAGCUUCGGUAUCUGGAGGUUCUCAAGUUGAAGGACAAUGCUUUUACGGGAGAGGAUUGGCAGACAGAAGAAGGGGGGUUUCGCUCUCUAAAGGUUUUGUUCAUUGGAGCUACUGAUUUGAAGUGUUGGGAGGCUCAAGCCAAUGAUUUCCCAGAGCUAAGACGCCUUAUCCUCAGGCAAUGCAAACAACUUCUGCGAAUCCCACCUGACUUUGUAGACAUGAAGAAGCUCGAGGCUAUUCACCUAGAACAUACCACAGGUUCAGCAAUUUCAUCAGCUAGGAGAAUUAGGCAAUUACAGACAGAUAUGCUUCAACGUCAAAAUUUAAAUGAUAAGAAAAAUACCCCAAUUAGGAUCAGUGUCUAUCCUCCAGAAUACUGAUCGACAAGUAAAAUAUGCUAUGCAGGUUCUUGUUUGACAGGUAUUCAUGCUCACUAGAUUUCUGUCUUCUGUUCGCUUGAGUAAAGUGGGAGAGCUCCAUGCUUUCUUCUUCUUCCUGCCUCAUGAACACCUUCUGCUUGGCUCGGGGCCAACAAAUUUCAGUUGCUAUUACCUCAUUGGGUGAUUUUCAUUUUGAGUAUCUUUGGUUAAUGCUAAAUGUUCUUUUCAGCAAGUUUAUUGCGGUGAAAAUAAAAGCCAUAGGUCUCCUGGCCAAUUUAGUUCCGCAAAAACAAGGUGAAAAGGUAUUUUUCUUUCAGCUAGGUAUGUUGGGUCAAAUCUGGAGCUUUGACAGGUAGCUUUUGUACCUCUAAAUCUUGUUUCCUUGUAUUUUUAAGUUUGGGAUGAAACUUGCUCUGGUACAUUUGACAUUGUGAUCAUUUAUCUUCUUUCAGUUAUAUAAACCAAGAACUCUUCAAAUUAGGAUACUGUAGCGGAGGGAAAUUUUGGUCACCAUUUUUUUGUCACUAUGUACUUCUUUUAAAUGUUUUCAUUUUGGUUGCAUUCUCUGGGUAGUGGAUUUCCUCUUACAGAAUCUGGUGCAGUUAAUUGUAGAGAAUCAUGAACUGACAGUGUUGGAAUGAAUUAAAUGUAGAUAUUGUUUGAUUUCUAUUUGAAUUUUAAA